UAAAACUGAAGCACUGGGUAAGAAGAAGCCAAUUCAAUGGCUUCCUCACUGUCACCUGCUCCAGUACCAAUGGAGCUCCACGUCCUCAACCGAGAAAAGCUCCUUAAAUCAAUACGCCAGCAUCUCACCGACACGUCUCGUCCCUUAAAUGGCUUCGUCUUUCUUCAGGGAGGCGACGAGCAGACUCGUUACUGCACCGAUCACAUCGAACUCUUCAGGCAGGAGAGUUAUUUUGCAUAUCUCUUCGGAGUUAUAGAGCCUGGCUUCUACGGAGCUAUUGAUAUUGCAACUGGGAAAUCUAUUCUUUUUGCUCCUAGACUACCUGCUGAAUAUACUGUUUGGUUGGGAGAAGUAAAGCCAUUAUCCUACUUUCAGGAAAAAUACAAGGUUAGCAUGGCCUGCUACACUGAUGAGAUUGCUGGAGUUUUGCUUGACCAGUACAAGGGGUCAGGAAAACCUUUACUAUUUCUCUUGCAUGGGCUUAAUACUGAUAGCAAUAAUUUUUCAAAACCAGCCGAGUUUGAGGGGAUGGAAAAGUUUGAGACCGAGUUGAGUACGCUGCAUCCCAUUUUGACUGAGUGCCGAGUUUUGAAGUCAGACCUUGAGCUUGCUCUUAUCCAAUUUGCAAAUGAUAUAAGCUCUGAAGCUCAUAUUGAGGUCAUGAGAAAAGUUAGAGUGGGCAUGAAAGAGUAUCAGUUGGAGAGCAUGUUUCUUCACCAUACAUACAUGUAUGGUGGCUGUAGGCAUUGUUCAUACACAUGUAUUUGUGCUACUGGUGAAAAUAGUGCUGUUCUACAUUAUGGGCAUGCAGCAGCUCCAAAUGACAGGACCUUCAAAGAUGGAGAUAUGGCUUUGCUUGAUAUGGGAGCUGAAUACAAUUUUUAUGCAUCUGACAUAACAUGUUCAUUCCCUGUGAAUGGGAAGUUCACAAGUGAUCAAAGUCUUAUAUAUAAUGCUGUUCUUGAAGCUCACAAUGCCGUCAUAAAAGCAAUGAAACCGGGAGUGAACUGGGUGGACAUGCACAAGUUAGCUGAGAAAGUUAUUCUGGAGUCAUUGAAGAAGGGUUCUGUCCUUGUUGGGAAUGUUGAUGAUAUGAUGGUUGAACGAUUGGGCGCUGUUUUCAUGCCUCAUGGUCUGGGGCAUUUAUUGGGUAUUGACACCCAUGAUCCUGGUGGCUACCCAAAGGGAACAGAAAGACCGAAAGAACCUGGCUUGAAGUCUUUGCGUACUAGUAGAGAUCUCCAGCAGGGAAUGGUAAUAACAGUGGAGCCUGGAUGUUAUUUCAUUGAUGCUCUAUUGGUUCCAGCCAUGGAAAAUGCUCACACUUCAAAGUUCUUUAAUCGUGAAGUAAUUGAUAGAUUUAAAGAUUUUGGUGGUGUUCGCAUUGAAAGUGACGUGAUUGUCACUGCUAAUGGUUGCGAGAACAUGACAAAUGUGCCUCGGGAAACCUCAGAGAUUGAAGCUGUGAUGGGAGGCGCUUCAUGGCCGCUGAACAAGAAGUGAUCUGUCAAAUAGUUGAGAGUUCUGACUAAGUUUUAAGAAUAAAGACAUUAUUUAGAAGAGUAAGGAUUAUACGCCGGACACUAGCGUUUAUUGAUAAAUUAGAAUAAAAAUUCUGAAAUUUGAGUUCUAAAAACCUUUCCAAAAAAUGAAACUCUGACCAAAAUGCAAUUCUGGGUAAAUUUGUCUCUACAUACUGCAUUUGAAACUUGA